GGCGGGCGAAGUAGGCUGACAUUUAUCUUCUGAUCUGCUCAUUAAAUUAGCGUACGUUGUGUAUUUGGAUAUUUUCGAAAUGGUGGAGGGUCCAGGCUGUACUUUGAACGGAGAAAAGAUCCGCUCAAGGGUUCAGAAAGGACAACGUGUCAAGGAAAUUCGCGGUGGAGCAACACCGACUUCGAUAGAAAAUGUCAGAAGCUCGUACCAAGUCUUCGGUGGAUGCUCGUACACUGGGGUGGACACCUUGGGAAAAGAGCUGUUCCUGUACUUUGGAGAGAGGGCGCUCAGGGUCCACUUCGGCAUGAACGGCUCUAUGCGGAUCAACCCAACAGAGCGGAAGGACCAGAGGGGGUCUGUGCCGGGGCUGGUGCUGCAGCUCACCAAUGACUGCAUCUGCUUCUACGACUCCACCGUGGAGAUCAGGCUUACAGCUGACUGUGAGCAGAGAGUGCAAGCGAUGGAGAGUCUGGACGUGUGCUCUCAGAAGUUCAGCGCGUGGCGUGCGGAGGAGGUGGUGAGGGCAGAGAGCGGGCGCAUGCUCUGUGACGUGCUGCUGGACCAGGCCGUGCUGCCCGGCGUGGGCAACAUCAUCAAGAACGAGGCGCUCUUCGACAGCGGCCUCCAUCCUGCCGUCAAGGUGUCCCAGCUGUACAGUGAGCAAGUCCGCCAUCUGGUCAAAAUGACGCGGGACUUCACGUUGCUGUUUUAUAAGUGUCGGAAGACUGGCUCCGCCCUCUCCAAGCAUUACAAAGUCUACAAGCGUCCACAGUGUGGCCAGUGCAGCGGGAACAUCACAGUCUGUCGCCUAGGCGAUAACGGCAGGAUGACUUACUACUGUCAGCACUGUCAGAAAGCUGACCCCAACCUAUUGAACAUCAGCAAACUCCCCACCAGGAACACUCUGAUUGGCUGGGCUUACCAGGGAGGCGGGAACAAUGACCAUGUAGCGAAGAAGGAGGAAGAGGAGUGGGCCUGUAACCUCUGCACCCUCAUCAACCGACCAAUCAGCAAGUCCUGCGAGGCCUGUCUGACCCCGCGACCUGAGGUUCCACCUCCAGGCCAGCGGGAGGAGCAGUGUGAGGCGGCGGCGUUCUCCCAGCACCUGAUGAAGUACCCGUGCAACUCGUUCAGAAAGCCUGCCCAGGAGCUGAAGCUGAACCGCCGCGCUGCGUUCGGCCACACCACCCUCGUGCUGUCUGACCUCAGCACAGCGCCCCCUGCUGGCACCACCACCGCCACCACAGCGCCGCUCACCUGUAGCGGCAGCCCAGCGCAGAGCGCCGCGUGGGUAGGGAGCCACGGCAACGGCCUCAGGAGGGCGGGGUCGAUGACCGGCCGGGACGGAUCGUACGCCCAGCCGAGCAAGCGGGUCAGAACGGACAGCGGGUCGGUUCUGGUCAAUCACACGGCGUCCAACUCCCAACACGGCUCCGUCAGCACCCCUCCGGCCAAACGGAAGCAAGACGGCGGCCACUCCUCCCCUCCCAGAAUUCCUAGCUGUGCGUCUCACGGCCGGCCCUGCGUGCUGCGCGUGGUCAACAAGGACGGGGAGAACCGCGGACGCCAGUUCUACUGCUGCGCUCUCCCACGCGAGACCAAGUGCAACUUCUUUGAGUGGGCGGACCUGCACUUCCCCAUGUGUCAGCACAGUAGGCGGAGCCUGAUGCGGACGGUGCUGAAGCUGGGCCCUAAUAACGGCCGUAACUUCUACACCUGCCCCAUGAAGAGGGGUCAGCAGUGCGACUUCUUCCAGUGGGCAGAGGACGGCCCGGGGGUCAGCAUCCUGCCUGGCUGCUAAGACAAUACACACACACACACACACACACACACACACACACACACACACACCUGCAGAAAUGUGCAUGGACAGCAUCUUUGGCUGAAAUGACAGACACACACACACACACAACCAUCUACAGAAACAUAGAUGGACAGUAUGAUUUUUUCCCUCCCUCCCACACACUCCCAUAUGUCACCACAAAGAGCCACCAAAGACUUUAGGAGUGUGUUCCGGUUUCUGUUUUGGGUGUGUUUUUCUGUUUCAAGAAGAAUGAGAAUAAUAAUGAUGUUAAUGAAUAUUCUGCGCUGUUAUGUUAUCAGGCGUAGCGCUGACCGUUGUUUGAUGCCCUGGGCAGUCGAGAGCACUCAGCGUGAGCCGCCGUAUCACAAGAGCAGCACACAGAGCUCCCGUGGGGACUGAGCACGGUUGGCUCCGUUUAAAAUGACACACACACACACACACACACACACACACGUUUAAAAUGCCAAACUGGAGGGGCACGGGGUGGAACGGCCCCUCACGUAGUGGUGGCAGGUUGUCAUUCUGACAGAACACACACACACACACACACACACACACACACACACACACACACACACACACACACACACACACACACACACACACACACACACACACACAAAGUCACACCCUCCACUGGUCUGACUAGCAAUGUAUGACGUGCUACUGGUUGAGGAAGGACACAGUCUUCAACUCACGAUGGACAACGUGACUGGACUGGACUGGACUGGGCUAUUUCAGAGGCAUGAACACUCUGCAAACACAAGGACACUUGGUCCUAAAUCCUUUGAAUUAUACACCGUUGGCCCUGCUUUGGGUUUUGGAUUCUGUGAAAGCCUGCAAACUACACUGAUGGGCCAUCUGGGCUGUGCUACUGAUUGAAUGGAACACAUGCAGGCGGACAUGUUGGAGAACACGAGUCUAGGCUGCCCUGGAGAACACGAGUCGAGGCUGCCCUGGAGAACACGAGUCUAGGCUGCCCAGGAGAACACGAGUCUAGGCUGCCCUGGAGAACACCAGUCUAGGCUGCCCUGGAGAACACCAGUCUAGGCUGCCAAGGACUCACAGACUGAUCUAGCCUAAGGUGGGCCCUUGCCACACUCAUUGCUGUCCAUUGCAUUGGUAUGAUCCACGUCAUUACGAGCAUCACUGUUGCAAACAGAUCCUGAUGGAAGACCACCCAGUCUUCUUUCUUUCAAACAUUGCGACUGUGUGUGUUUGAAAUAAUGAAUAAUGUAGUAACUUGAGUCGAAAUGACAAUGUACAGCCAGGCUCAUCUGGCAGCUCAGACACAUUUUAACCAACUGCAUUAACUGAACAAUUCAAAAUUCAUACC